CCGUUUGCGAUCACUCAGUUCCUUCUGAACACUCCGCGAAAGACUUGUUGAGCUCGGGACUUAAACAUUAGUCGGGGAUCAGCUUCCUCCGUCAAAGUACUGUCCAAUCGGAUUUAGAAAAUUUGAAAAAGUCACCACUUUUACUUAACAUUUAAACUUUGAAGAACUGAUCGAGGCGCGAGCGAGAUACAGCGCAUCGAGGAUCAAUCAAAGUAUUUCACAAAAAAUGAAGAAGUCGGUUGGAAUUUUCUUAGCUCUCGUAAUUAUUACGACAUGCAACAUGUACGAAGGAGUUCAAGCUUGGGGUGGACUUUUUAAUCGUUUCAGUCCCGAAAUGCUCUCAAAUCUUGGGUAUGGUAGUCAUGGUGGAUACCAAGGAAAAUCAUCAUAUCUUCAGCGACCUGGUCUCUCGGAAGGAUUUACUGGCAACUCUCUAGAGGAAUCAGCUGAUGAUCCAUGUUAUGGUAGAAGAUGCACGGCCAACGAACAUUGUUGCCCUGGAUCUGUGUGCGUUGACGUGGACGGAGUAGUUGGUACAUGUCUCUUCGCGUAUGGUUUAAAACAAGGAGAACUGUGCAGAAGAGACAAUGACUGUGAAACUGGAUUAAUGUGCUCUGAAGUGGCCGGAGGAGAGACUCGAUCGUGUCAACCUCCUGUGAAUUCGAACAAACAAUAUAGCGAUGAGUGUAGUAUGUCCGGUGAAUGUGACAUCAGUCGAGGAUUGUGCUGUCAAUUGCAACGGAGACAUCGACAAUCGCCCCGAAAGGUUUGCUCUUAUUUCAAAGAUCCUCUAGUUUGCAUUGGCCCAGUUGCAACUGAUCAGAUAAAAUCGGUGAUCCAGUACACAGCAGGUGAAAAACGGAUUACCGGACAGGGAAUAAAUCGCGUCUACAAGCGAACCCCAUAUGUUUAAAUUGUAAUUAAACAAUUUACUCUUCCCCGUCUCCACAAAGCUACAAAUCAAAUCCUAUAUACGAUUGUAGUUACUAAAAUAUCUAAACAGAUAAGUAAUUAAUUAUGAAUCCUGACUCACGGAUUUUGUUACAUGAUUUUUAUUAUCUUUGCGUUUCUCACAUGACCGAAUGAAAGGCAUGAUAAGAAAAAAGAAGGACACAUACAAAUGGGCGCUUAAAAAAAAAAGAAAGUUUUGAAAAAAGAGGAAGAGACACAAAUCGAGGUGAAAUGGUGUACAGAAAAUUAACUUUAGUACUGUUCGGCUUCCAAUCUUCCUCUUUAAAUGUGACUGAAAAAUACAACACAUAUCAGAGUAGCUUGAUACUCCAUAUAAAUAUAAGUAAAUACAUAUUAUACUGCAAAUAAGAUUUUUUAAGAGGACUCCUUCAAAUUUUUUUAAAAUACUUUUAAUAAUUACAUACAAUUAUUGACUGAAUAACCAAAAUAUAAUUUGAAAAAUUUGAAUAAAAGUGUAUAUAGCAGAA